AUGACUAUACAGUACUAUGCUGAGCCGAGACGUUCCAGCUGGAUCCCCUACCUCCAAUUGAUGCGCCUCGACCGGCCGGCGGGGUUCAUCGGCUUCUACAUGCCCUCGAUCCUGGGGCUGGUGUACGCCGCCAGCCUGGCGGGGCCCGAGACGGUACCGCUGCGCCGGCUCCUCACACAGGGCAUCUUCUGGCUGGGAGCCAACAUCCUGAUCCGCGGGGCGGCCUGCACGUGGAACGACAACAUCGACCAAGAGUACGACCGGCAGGUGGACCGGUGCCGGGGGCGGCCGAUCGCGCGCGGGGCAGUGUCGACGCAGCAGGGGCACGUCUUCCUGGCGCUGCAGCUGGCGCUCCUGGGGCGGCUGUUCCAGCCUCUGCUUUCCUUUUCGUUUUCCUCUUCCUCGACACAGACCCCGUCCGCCUACGCCGCCUACGCCACCGCCGCCAUGGGCGCCCUCUACGCCCUCUACCCCUUCUGCAAGCGCUUCACCCACUACCCGCAGGCCAUCCUCGGCGUCCCGCUGGCCCUGGCCAUCGUCCUGUCCGCCUACUCGCUUGUCGGUGCCGGUGACGAUGCGCGAUGCAAAGGAGACCCCUUCCACGACCGCCCCACCACCGCCGCCACCCUCGCCCUCGCCCUCGCCGAGAUCCUCUGGACCAUGAUCUACGACACUAUCUACGCCCACCAGGACCUGCAGGACGACCUCCGCGCUGGCGUCAAGUCCAUGGCCGUCCGCUUCCGCCACUCCACCAAGCCCCUCUGCGCCGCUUUGGGGGUGGGCCAGGUCGCUCUGCUUGCCUGCGCCGGUGCUUGGACGCACAUGCCCCCCGUGUACUUUGUCGUUGGCGUUGCGGGGUCCGCUGUGGCGCUGGUCGUCAUGCUGGUCUCGGUCGAUCUGGCGGUGCCCGCUAGCUGCGCUCGCUGGUUCAAGUUGGGGUUCUGUUCUGUGGGUGGCUGUAUGAAUUGCGGGUUCUUUGCGGCUUAUUUGGUGAGGUGGUUUGGCUGGGCGUGA